AACAAAACCCACUAAAUUGAUGAUAUGUUCGGAGUUUUAAAAGCUUGUAGCUUGUCAGAUCUCUCCAUCGAUGAGGGAAAGACGAGCAGAUAAUGAGAUAACAACUGGAAAAGGCUUCCAUCCACGAAGCGAUGUCCGUAAUCAGGAGCUUCCGUUUUUUAGGCGUGUGCGACAACACUAAGUGGCCAUUGAAUUAAAGUUGCAGCUCCUGCUGAGGAAUGGUAAUGUUUUCUGCUAAUAAAUCUUCCAGAUUCACGAACUUUCCUGCAGUGAUUCAAGAAACAGCCUUGGAAAGGUAUUGGUGAGUAGCCAGGGCCAACCACAAAAGGCUGUUGAAAAGGUGAGGCUGUCAGUGAGGGAACCGCCAUAGGACUUACAAAUAGUUGAGAAGCAAAAACAGAAUUAACUGUAGCCAGUAGGCUGUAAACCGCAGAAGAACAAGGUGCCAUGGAAGACAAAACAGCCAAGGAAAAUACAGGAAUGAAAGAUGGGACGACAAGAGACAACAACAUACCUGUUGAUACAUUCGCUCACGAAGCCAUUGGUACUGGAGGAGUACUGGACAAAGAAGUCAACAGCAAAAACCCAGCAGGAACUGAUGAAGACCAAGAUUGAUGAAAGCUGCAUGCAUCCAAGUGUGCCGCACGAGUAGCAAGGGAAGAACCUUGGGCGGCAAUGGCGGGAAGGCCUUAAGAAACUGAAUAAGAGUCAACCGUGGCAGAUAACGACUGCUGUACGAUAGCUGAAAUUGAAGUUUGGAUGGCCUGAAUCACAGAGGCUAAAAAUUCUUGUGAUAUGGAAGCACUAGCAGGAGUACCAGAUGCUUGCACGGAUGUCGACAGGGCAUUAGUUGUGACCGAAAUGGUGGACGCUGGAGCUGAAGACACUGCCGGCACAGAGCUCUCCAAACCAUUUCUAGUACGUCGAGGAGGCAUGACAGCCAAAGAGAUUGCAAAAUGGUGAAGGAAACAGAGCGAUAACUGCUGGCCAACAGCAGAUCUCCCAGUUAACUCUGAUUAUUGAUAAUCUCAUUUAUUUAAUAGUUUUGAAUUCUUACUGUAGUUGGCAGGACCCUGUUGAUAACAGCACUUUGUACUGAAGGGUUAUCCUGGGAAAACAUUCAAUGAGGAAGAGGAGGAGGAGGAGGAUCAUUUCCCAAAAUUUUUUGUUCCUUUUCCUCUUUGGUUCAAGUAUCACUCUUUCAGACCAUUUACCGAUCAGAUUUGCGACCUACUGGCAUGCUCUCUUUCAAACUUUGAUGCAAAAUUGGCAACUGAUGAUAAGGGCCAAACGACUACAAGUUAUUGGGGUUAUACUUGCAAACCAAAUGGAACAAACCUAACCGGAACUUCUACCGUAUAAUUUAGAAAGAUACUUACAAAAAAAAGAGCAGUAAUAUAAUCCGUAAAAUCCAACUUUUCCGACCCUCAAGUAAAGAAGUUUUGAAGCCUUGAAACUUGUAGUAUGAUUUAACAGCAAGGGGAAUAUAUUAAGCCAGGAGGAAUUUAUUUGAGAUGGUGCAAAAGACGGAUUUCACGGAAAUGUGAAUAUUAAACAACCAUUAUUAUAUUACUUCCCUUUAUUCCUGUAAGUAUGUUAUGUAAUAUUAUUAAUAUAAUAUUGUAUAAGAUACUUACAGAAGGGAAGUAAUAUAAUAAUGGUUGUUUAAUAUUCACAUUUCCGUGAAAUCCGGAAAAUCCGUCUUUUCCACCCCUCAAAUACAGAAGUUUGAAGCCAAAGAACUUGCAGUAUGAUUUAACAGCAAGGGAAUAUAUUAAGCCAGGAGUUCAUUUGAGAGGGCAGAAAAGACGGAUUUUCCGGACUUCAAAGAAAUGUGAAUAUUAAACACCAUUAUUAUAUUACUUCCUUUUAUUUCUGUAUCUUAUAUAUUAUUAUAAUAUUAUAUAAGAUACUUACAGGAAUAAAGGGAAGUAAUAUAAUAAUGGUUGUUUAAUAUUCACAUUUCCGUGAAAUCCGGAAAAUCCGUCUUCUCCGCCAUCUCAAAUGAACUCCUCAUGGCUUAAUGUAUUCCCCUUGCUGUUAAAUCAUACUGCAAGUUUCAAGGCUUCAAACUUCUUUACUUUGGGGGCGGAAAAGUCGGAUUUUCCGGACUCCUAAAUUUCUCUGCCUGACUGAAAUAGCUUCAAAUAACUCAGAGAUGUUUGUACAACAAAUUGAAAGUAUGAAACUUCUUGUUAUGAGUGCUCAUUUCGUUAAAUCACUUCAGUCUUUAAAGACUCGUACAAACAGUUUUAAACUUUUUGAAAGCAGUUGUUUACGUAGUGAAUUUAUGAUAAUCUGCUAAUUUUUAUGUUCGACGUGAAUUAGCCUGAAUGACUUGAAAACUCUCCAGAAAACACAAUCAAGAAAUGUGGAAAGACAAAUCUAUUGUUGACGUAGAAAGGCUCCCUUGAUUACAGUGGUGCUGUUAGUGAUUUGCAUUUGACCUUGGUUCAUCGUCAAUGGCAAAUUAGGAUUGAUGAGUGGCGUGAAACGUCUUCAUCUAGUUGAAGUAACAAGUUCUUUUCAUCCUUGACGUGCAGAAAGGGCCCCAAAAACAAGUCCAGGGCUUUUGGGAUAAUUACACUACUGUUCUUGGUUCCUCGUUAACACAUUUCAUUAAAAAGAUUAUACACCAGAUGAAUUGCGCUUGUUGAAAAGGAAAAAGUCUUGUCAUGGUAAAGAAGCCGCUUGGUUUCAGUAACGCUUGAAUUAUUUACGUUGAUCUCGGGUUCAAUGGCAAAUGACAACGGUGUCAGCUUUUCAUGCAUAGUAGCGGUCACAAGGUCAUCAGUGAGAUACCUUAACGUUCCACAUAUUACAUAUAUGGUAAGGUAUGCGCCAGCUGUCAGAUUUAUUCACAAGUUUCCAUCCAUGAUAUUUAAGUGGAAGACUUGUAGCUUUUUUACAACCAGCGAUUGACAGAGGAAAUGCUGUGAGCAAAGAAACCAUGUCGACAGCUUAACAACAAAAAGAGCGAGAGCACUGCAAUCUGUUACUUGGCUCCCGUAAUCAGUGGAAGGUGCAGUGUUGUAAGUGCAAAAUGCAUUUGUAACGUGAAAGAAAAGGCUUUGCCAAAGGCUUGGAACUCGAUUUGCCAGAAACGUGAUAUUUGAUAGAGCGAUUUCAGGUUUGUAAAUGUUCAAAGGCUGAAAUGACAGAAUGACAUUGUAUAACACAUGUUCAAUUCUUGACGCACAUUAUCCUACUUUCUUGCAGGUAUAUCAAACGUAGCGUUCUUCUUCAGUGCAAUUUGCACUCAAGAAAAAAAGAAAGGAAGUAUCCAGGAAAGCAAAGAUGAAAGUGAUAACAGUAACGAAGAAUUCGAAUCAUGCCAAGUACCUAGUUCCACUUCACAGCAGUGGCUCGAUGGAAAUUUGGCUUCUGUCAACAAAGCCCUUUGCCCUGCGAUUUCCUAUUGGGUCGCGCUAACGACAUUAAACGGUGCUCCUGCAAGUACAAUUUCCAUGCACAAGGCGUUAUUGAAUUAUGGAGGAGACGUUAUUGUGGAUCAGGUAAAGCAUCUUGUUUAGAAUGCAGACUGUUUAUUUAUGAGUGUACACAUUGUAACGUUUUCAAGACACGAAAGCAACACUUAUUAACACUCAAUUAAAUAAGUUUAGUCUUAAGGAAAACAAAAUACACGGCACUUAAAUAAAGUGCUGGCUGUCUGGAAUAACCAUAGGGGCUAGAGGAGUCAGACAGCCAGUUAAAAUCUUGCAAAUUUCCACACAGUUUUUAAAACGCUCUACUUUAUGCCUUUUAGGUUCAAUUCCAAGAAGGAAUGUCCUGCCAUGAAAGAGCUUUAUAAAGUUUUAAAAGACCACAAAAACCAACAUAUGCAGGACCUCGUUCUAUCAUCGCAUCGGCAUUGCUACAGACAAGAAGCCAGGAAAGUUAUUGGCGAUGAUAUCAGCUUGAUCAGUACACAAGAAUUGGAAGAGUGUGGCAAAGAGAAUGUAGUGCUAGUUACCAUCAUCAACAAGAAGUUUCAAUCAUCUUUGGCCAGCGUGAUAGAACACCUUAUCAAGGCAAAGUUACAAAUUGACAAGUUCGGAUUCACAGCCUCGAACAUUGCAGUGCAACCACCCAGCCCUAUGGUGCAAAACGACGAGAAGAGGUUCUCAGAUAAGUUGACAAUCCUGGUAAACGACAUUUCCAUUGCAAUGGAAAAGCUCAGUUAUGCCACUUACAGGGGAAAGGUCUACAAAAAGGAAAGCAGGGCAAAGUAUAUGUUUUCGCACAGAUGUGAGGCCCGUGCGUUCGUGAAUACUCUUGCCACCAAUGAAUUCUUCAAGCCUAGACUCGUUCGAGAAAUGAGAAAAGUGGUGGAGCUAUUAGCCGACCCGUACUGCGAAUUGUUUAGACCACUGGUAAUUGUCUAUGACCUAAUCAAAGUCAACCAAGGCGUCUGUUGGUCGCUAAAAGAGAGGUCCUUCGUAAAUGAUGCUAUCCAAGAAGAUAAAAUUGGAAAAGUAUCUCCCAGAGCGUUUCCUCCCUUUGACUCAAUGCAAGAACCAGAUCCAAACUACUUUCGCCAGAUCCUUGAAAACAGCCUAAGUCCAGAAGAACAGUCAAACUUCUGCGAAGAUUUCUUGAAGUUGCUUAGUUACAAGAAGAAGCUCAAAGAUAAAGUGCCUUGUUUAGUCAGAGACGCUAACAGCGGUAAAACAAGUCUGUUUUUUCCAAUCCUGGGCCUUGUGAACCACGGAAACGUUACCACAGUGACUAAACAACGAGCAUUCAACAAGUCUAUGAUCUCUAAGUUCACCAAAGUGAUAUUCAUAGAUGAAGCUACAGAAUCUACACUUGACAUCAACGACUGGAAAACGUUGACACAAGGAGGUUACUCCUUCCGACCAGCCUGCAAUGGACAGACGAUUGUCCACGUAUGAAUUCCGUAGCCUGCUAAACCCACAAAAGAGUGCAGCCACAUGGCUAAGGAACCACCCCAUGGACUGUGUACUCUGGGCCACCAAAAAGGCCAGGACACAUAGAGAUGAUGGUGAAGAUCCAAUUGAAACAGACAAAGAGCAAUCUUUCCUCGAAGAUGGAAUCUUGCAAGAAAAGGAAAAGGACGAACUACGCGCUUUGUGUUUAGACCAGGGAGCGGACAACACCUGCAAUCAGUCUGUAAGGGAAGACGAAACCCCACAAGACGCCGCGCCAGACACUGAAAGUGAGUCAGAUUCAUGCAGCCAAUCAGGCGAUAUCGUAGAUAUCUUGGAAAACCAGCUUGGAAUGCUGAAGCCAGAGAGUCUUUAACAUAGGAUAAUAACCCACAUGCUGGACACAGAGCAGGAAAAGCAACAAAGACAAGUCCUGUUUGAGCAGGAGCGCUACACUCAGCGUAAAGCCUGGUUAAAGGACAGAGGCGUGUCUAGUCAGAAUGCAGAGCUUCUUCCCGAGGAAUCUGACGAACCAACGCCUUCACCAAUCACAAGAGAUCUCAAGAGGUUUACAUGCGCCCAAACAGUAGCCGAAGACACGCAUUGCCAAGCUGCCCGGAAAGCCUUCGAGGGUGCGUGGCUGAAGGAGACGGAAAAAGAGUUGCAGGACUGUGUAAGGCGCUUACACUCUACCCAACAUCCCCCGACGAGAAAUUAAUUGGAGGCAUACCAGGAAGUAUUGGAAGAUAAGCUGAAGAACCACCACAAAAACCUUGGCACGCUUGGCUCUAAAGAGGCCUUGGAGGAGCGGAGGCGCACGUGCGUCUCCCUUGGUCUACUAGACAGGGGACACCAGCAUUUGGUGAAAUGCAUCAUUGAGGCCUUACCAACCAAAGAAGAACUUGGACCUUUGCCUACAGGUUCACAACAGGAGACAGGAGGGACACGGGCUGGGAAAGCAUCAGAAAGUGACGACGAAAGAAGCUUGUUCAUUACGCCGCUUCCCAGGGCUGCUCCAGGGACCUCGCUGUCGCGUGCCAGUUCAAACGCCUAUGACCUGGUGGUUUUAGAGGAGUUGAUGCACAACAGCACUACAGGUAGUAAGAGAAAGAGGUCAAAGUGUUGUGCUCACAGUCAAGUGAGUGAGAAGAGGCCUCAAAAAACUCUGCUUAAUUACUUCAGUCAGAAAUAGAAAUUACACUAAAUAAUGAAACGAAUAUCACUGUACCAAGUUUAGGCGCAGAAAGAGUUAAAGUUGAAGUUACGAUUGACUCAACUAAUUACCCAGGCAGUGAGGCCUGGGUUUAAAUUUCGGCUCUGUUUUUUUUCCACGUUCAGUCACAAAUCGCCGUCUGGUCUCUAAAGCACAUGCAUCACCUGUGCAUGCGUACAGCACGUGGAAUUUACAGAGGUUGUCAUCAAAAAAAGUUAGCACGGAUUCCAUGAUUUCUAGGGCAAUGAAAUCACAUACAAACGAAAACACCGUUCAU